AUGACCAGGUGCGCGAAUCAACCUCCCGAGCCAUCCUUUACCAGCGACGAGCGAGACCGUUUGGCCACUGAAGUCGAGAAAUUGCAGGCUGGUCUUCGCACUCUCAAGACCUUCAACAUCCAAAAGCCUUCAUUGAGUGGCCCACCCUCAAUUAAAAAGCUGGAAAAACCACAAAUUGGCUUUCAGGACAAUCGCCCGCCAGUCACAGGGGCAAAAUCGACGACUCAGUCGUCACUAUUUCGAAGUCCGCAAGAAGCGAAAACUCUUAAAUCACAAACUACCAAGCCCUUUCCCGGAGACCUAACCCCAAGUGUCUUUGAUUUCACGACCCCGCAAACCCCGUCUUCGAAGGGCUUCGAAAAUUCGCCCUUACUAAGUGCCAAAAAACCACUCAAGGAGACUUUGUCAACCAACCUUGACUUUGUGACCAAGAAGCCCAGGGUGAGACUGCCCCAAACUGCUGAGAUUUAUGAACAGGGCGGGGAGAAACCGAAGGUGCCACCACCGGACCAACCCAGCCUGUUCUCCAAAAUCUUCAUCCCAGAUAAUAGCCAUCAGUAAUAUAUACCGAGCAACUGAAAAUCAAAGCUUGCUAAUGAUUCUGAAUGCGAACAAGGUCAAUUGAAGUGGUUACUCUCAAGUAUUGCCGGAUUUCUGAUCAUGUACCAUAACUUGGAUAGUGUAUAGCCCGGGCUAUCUCCGAUCGUUGGCAUUAA